AUGCAGAUACUCGGAGUCCCUUUUUUGCUGUUUUGGCUCAUUUUGGGCCACUCCUGCGCUCUCGGCGGAAAAGUCAACAAGCACAAGCCGUGGAUAGAAACUUCUUACCAUGGUGUGAUCACAGAGAACAUGGACACGGUGCUGCUGGACCCUCCACUGGUAGCCCUGGACAAGGACGCCCCGGUCCCCUAUGCUGGGGAGAUUUGUGCCUUUAAGAUCUAUGGUCAGGAUGCUCCGUUUGAGGCAGUGGUGUUGAAUCGCACAUCAGGAGAGGGCGUCCUGCGGGCCAGUAGCCCUGUGGACUGUGAGAGCCAGAAAGAGUAUACCUUCAUAAUCCAGGCCUACGACUGUGGGGCCGGACCCAGCGGGGCCGACUGGAAGAAAUCCCACAAGGCGGUGGUUCACAUCCAAGUGGAUGAUGUCAAUGAGUUCUGCCCCGUGUUUCGGGAGCCCCUUUACAAGGCAUCAGUAACAGAAGGGAAAAUCUACGACAGCAUUUUGCAGGUUGAAGCUUGGGACCAAGACUGUUCACCACAGUACAGCCAGAUCUGCAACUAUGAGAUUGUCACUGCAGGGACGCCAUUUGCCAUAGACCGCAAUGGAAACAUCAGAAACACAGAGCGGCUGAGCUAUGACAAGCAGCAGAGCUACAAGAUUAUGGUGACGGCCUUUGACUGUGGUCAGAAGAGAGCAAAGGAGGAUAUGGCUGUGCAUAUUGAUGUCAAGCCUGUCUGCAAACCCGGAUGGCAAGGUUGGAACAAGCGAGUGGACUAUGAGCCAGGGACCGGAAGCAGGCAGCUGUUUCCCAAGAUGCACAUGGAAACGUGUGGAGGUCCUCUGUCCGGCGUAAAGGCGAUGUUAGAGCUACAGACCAAUCACAUCGGGAAGGGCUGUGAUCGGGAAACAUACUCUGAGAAGUCUCUGCAAAAACUCUGUGGUGCAGCAUCAGGCAGCACUGACCUCCUUCCUGCCCCCGGCCCUUCCACAAACUGGACUGCAUCUCUGCUGACUGACAGUAGCCGCGACAGCGACCUCAUCUACAGAUUCGAGGGACAUCAGGCUGCUAAUGUUCCAGAUCACGUGGUGCCUCAAAACCUGACAGACCAGUUCACCAUAGCAACAUGGAUGAAACACGGACCCAGUCCAGGACUCAGAGCUGAGAAGGAAACCUUACUGUGUAACUCUGACAAGACAGAAAUGAACCGACACCAUUACUCGCUGUAUGUCCACAACUGCCGCCUGGUGUUCCUGCUCAGAAGAGAUUUCACUCAGGUCGACACUUUCAGACCUGCAGAGUUCCACUGGAAACUGGAGCAGAUCUGUGACAAGGAAUGGCACUAUUAUGUGAUCAAUGCAGAAUUUCCUGCAGUGACACUAUUUGUGGAUGGGGUGACCUAUGAACCCUACCUGGUGACGGAUGACUGGCCGAUCCAAACCGCAAAGAUUGAUACACAGUUGACUGUGGGCGCCUGCUGGCAAGGUGGUGAGGUAGGGACUCCGAGGUUCACGCAAUAUUUCCAUGGCAGUCUAUCAGGUCUGACAAUCCGACCAGGCCGCAUUGAAACCCAGAAGGUUAUUUCCUGUUUGCAGGCCUGCAAAGAAGGCCUUGAUAUCAACUCCCUUGAGAGCCUCGCUAAGGACAUUAAGUUCCAUUUUAACCCCGCCCAGUCUGUGCUGGUGGUGGAAGGAGAAGAUCUGGACAGCAUCAACACAGCCAUGUCAAAGGUCUCCUACAUUAACUCUCGCCAGUUCCCUACGCCUGGCCUCCGACGGCUACACAUCACCACCACCGUACAGUGUUUUGGCGAGGACACCUGUCUCUCCAUCCCAGACAUCAAGUCAGUGGUUAUGGUCCUGCCACCCAGUGAACCGAGAAUCACCGUUGCAGGAUCUAAUCGGCUCGUCAGGCCUGCCAAUGACCUGCGGGGCCCGCUGGGUGUGGCACCCUUCAAAGAGCUUCACAUCACCAGCACAGUAAUGAAGGGAGACAGCUUUGGUGGAGCCCACAGACAAGGUGUGAUGGAGGUGAUGCAUAACCUGGACUACUGUGAUGUGCUGGUAAUUGGGGAAGAACUUAAUCCUGAGAGAGAGAGUUUGGAGAUUCAUCACAGUGCCUUGUUGGGAAAACACCUGGAUGCCACCAACUCCACCUCUGGAAUAUCAAUAUAUGGUGUGGACUCCAUGGCCCACUAUGAGCAGGCACUGAGGCAGGUACGCUACAAGAACUGGAGACCAGCCACCCUGAGUGAGAGAAAAUUCAGACUCACUUGCUCUGAACUCAAUGGACGUUACACCAGCAAUGCGUACAAUUUGGAGGUUAGCGUUCUUCACCACUCAGCACCUGUGGAACAUGUCAACCAUAUGGCUGCCCAACCUCCGUACAUGAGACCUGUCCAUCACCCGCUCAUGAUCCACACUCUCAACUCACACAUGUCAGGAGCAGCACCUCCAGCAGCCACAGCAGUCAUUGUGGUCUGUAUCGCAGCCCUGGUGGUGAUUGUGGUGAUUGGCGUGUACAGGAUCCACGCCACACAUCAGGAGGGGUCCAGAGAAGAUGAGGAGGAUGUCAAGGACACUGAGGAAGACUGGGACAACUCUGCACUCAACAUCACUGUCAACCCCAUGGAGAACGUAGGAGGAGCUCAGGCGCAUGAUGAGGAGGUAAAAGAAGAAGAGCGUGAGGAGGAGGAAGAAGAGGAAGAUGAGGAACAUGUUGGAGGAAUGACAAGUGCCGAGUCAGACAACAGUGAUGCAGAUGAAGAGGACGGAGAGGAAGAGAGAGAAGAGGUGAAAGAGAGGAAGCAGAAGAAACAACUGGAGUGGAACAGUUCCUCCAUAACAUACUGA